AUGUUAGCUGUCAAUGUAAUGAACUUGUUGUUAAUUAUAACAAACGGAAUGUUUGUUGUUUCAGGAUCCUUGUCACUAGACUCGGCUGAAAUGAGGGUGCUGGAUAGUACCUUUGGGAAUUGUGAAGUUAAAAUCCUGCCGACAAAACCAAAGUCAAUUGAUCUUGAUGUUCACGCAUUUAGUGAUGCUAAGGACGUUUUGCUCCAAUUCGGGGCUUUUUCAUUCAUCGACGGAAAAUACAACGAAGUAAUUGAAACCGAAAAAGUAUCAAUUUGUGAUCUUCCGAAAUCCGACAAUCCCUUAGUUCAGUUCAUGUACAAAGAGAUGAAAAAAGUAGGAAAUUUAACGACAGCGUGUCCAGUUUUAAAGGGACAUUAUUACGUUCAUGGCUUGACUGUUUACGAGUCAGAUGUUCCAAUGCCAUUGCCAUCAGGAAAGUUUAAGUUGGAAGUAAAUGGAACGGCUAUAAAAGAUGAUAACAAUGCAGUUCCGCUUUUUGAGUUGGAUAUAUUUUUUACUGAAAGUGUUUAA